GUAUAUUCUUGUGUAUAAUGGUACAUAAGAAACGUCCAAAGUCGGUACGGAAUGCACGAAAUGCAGCGCUUGCAUUGGAGGAAAAACGUUACACCAAAACUCCACAUACCAUGGUUUUCUCACGUCCUGGUGUUGGGAGUUUAGUAAAACAAUUAUCUCUCGAUGUCAGAGAGAUUUUCGAACCCUUUACAGCUAGCCGUUUACGUGUUACCCGUCAGAAUGUACUGAAAGAUUUUAUUACUAUCGCUGGUCCACUGAACGUAACACAUUUGUUAUAUUUUACACACCCUAAUGAUGAGAAACGUGAACAGAAGCGUGCCCGUCGUUUAGCUAAAGCUUCUGCAAAACAGUUAAAAAAUGACAAUUCUUCAGUUGAACAAAAUACCACUGAAAUUCAAAGAGUAACCAAUAAAAGUUGUAGUAGUCACGGUGGUGUUUAUCUACACAUGAUUCGUGUUCCGCAUGGACCUAGUCUUACUUUUCGUGUUGCUGAAUAUAGCUUGAAACGUGAUAUACAAACUUUGGUUCGUCGAGUUUUCGAUAGUCGUCAGUAUAGUUCACCGCCUUUGUUAGUAAUGACUGGAUUUGGUAUGGGCGGUACGAGCGCGAAUACAACCGCUCCAUUGCCACAUCUACGAUUAGUCGUAGAUAUGUUUCAAAAUUUACUGCCUCCAUUAAAUGUUCCGAAGCUUAAACUUAGUACAGUAAAACGAGUUUUACUUGUUAGUCGAGAAGUUGACACUGCAUACAUUAAUACUACUACUAAUGGCGAUAGUAGUAGUGGUUGUACUGGUGACGACACAAAACAGCACCAACCACAACAAGUGAAUGAUGUAAUUUACAUUCGACACUUCCAUAUUCGUACUGAAAAUCGUUGUAUAAGUCGUGCACUACGACGUCUUGGUGUUGGCGGUGCGAAAAUGAAACGUCGAUGUGUUGAUAACUCUGACUUGAAAUGUGGAAUUGGUCCAAGUGGUUCAGGAAAAACAACAGGUGUACCGAAUUUAGCGAAAUAUUCAUCUAUGGACGAUUUUUUAACUAAAACAGGACUUUUAUCCGAUUCAGCAUUAUCAGAUAUUUUAUCAGAUAUGGAAGAAGUUGAUCUAGUUUCAGAUGUUCACUUGUCAAGUUCUGGAUUCGCUAACGCAGAUGCUAUACAAUCACGUAAACGUAAACAUGGUCAUGGCACUAGUUCAAUACAUGGAUUAAAACAUUUAGGCACAGCUAAAAAAGCUACAAUUCGACUUACUGAAAUUGGACCAAGAAUUACUUUAAAUCUGAUUAAAAUAGAAGAAGGUGUAAACACUGGUACAGUUUUAUAUCAUCGUUGGCAAACACGUACAUUAUCUGAAUUAGCUCAUCAAUCAGAAUGUUUAAGACAACGUGAAUUAAUUCGUGCAAAACGUCGUGCUGAACAUGAAGCUCGACGUUUAGCAAAUGAAGCUGAACGUGAAACACAUCGUGCUAUUUGUCUUGAAGGUAUGAAACGUGCUGGUCAAUUGUCAACACAGGAUGAAAUUAAUACUGAUGAAAAACCAAUAAAUUCUAAGAUGGUUAAAUUUCAAUUAGAUGAAAAAACUGAAAAGAAACGUAAAAAGAAAUUAGAAGUCAAUGAAAAGUCUAACAAAUCAGUUGUGAAAAAAGCAUUCAAAAGUAAUCUGAUUGUUAGGAAAAAGAAGAAAUAAUAUCAACAAUUGUUUGCUUCAAAUAUUAUUUCUGUACAAAUCCAUGAUAGAAUGGUGUAUUUGUGUUUUUUUUAUUUUGUAAAUAUUUGUAAAUUAUAUUUAUUAAAUAGAAA